AUGGAGGAGACCAUCCCAACAGACCCCACUCUAAUAUACACAAAUACAACAUAUCCAGAACCUGAAGAAUCUUAUUAUUUUUGGUGUGAAAGUCCAAGAAAUGUCAUCUUUAUAAUUUUCUGUGUCUGCACUUGCAUCUGUGUGUGUGGGCUUGUGGGGAAUGCGGCGGUCCUGUGGCUCCUGGGCUUCCGCAUGAAGCGGAAUCCCUUCACCGUCUAUGUCCUGAACCUGGCCGUCGCUGACUGCUCUCUGCUCCUGAUCCUGCUUGCAAAAUUUACACUCUACUUUAUUGCAUGGGUCUAUUGUAUUGACUAUAGGGUGUUUGAUUUAGCUAAUACUAUCCUGUUCUUUAUGUACCUAUUUUGUUAUGUGGCUGGCAUGUAUCUGCUGACAGCCAUGAGCGUGGAGCGCUGCCUGGCUGCUUUGUUCCCAGUUUGGUACCGGUGCCACCGUCCCAAGCAUUUGUCACGCACCCUGUGUGGGAUGCUCUGGACUCUUGCUGCACUUUUUCUUCUGCUGCUCAUUCUGACUUCUGUUUUUACUGAAAGCCUUGAAGAAGUAUUCAGUGUUUUGAACAUUGUGAAUUUUCUUCUGUUCUCUUUCUUCCCACUGCUUUCCAACCUGGCCCUGUUCAUCAAACUCCGAUGUGGCUCCCAGGGACGACACCCAGGCAAACUCUAUGUUGCUGUCCUGCUCAGUGUCCUCUUCCUGUUCUUCUUUGGACUUCCACUCACUGUGUCAAAUUUUCUUCUUUCUUCUGAUAAAGUUUCUCGUGCUAUGUCUCUCCUGCUGGUGUCACUGAACAGCUCCAUCAAUCCUCUCCUUUACUUCCUGGUGGGCAGCUGCAACCAGCACCGCUUCCAAUACUCUGUCAAAGCUGCCUACCAAAGACUAUUUGAAGAGGAAGCCACCAGUGAGGAGAGGAGCCAGGUGCCUGAGGAUGCUGUGAUGGAGACCAGCGUCUGA